CUUUGGACUCUUCAACCCAUCAUGCAUUGCGUUGUAAGGUCAAAGGUGAGCCGGACAUUUCAUCACCACGUGGAAACUUCGGAGCUCGAGGUGGAAAAUUUUCUGCGUUUCUUUUGGUUUUUACUUCAAUAUUGUAGGUGAAAAUGCCGGCACAGGUGGUCAAAAAGACGACCAAGAAAACGGUGCACAUGGAGGUGUCCGAAGAAUCGGUUUGUGAGGAGAAAAUGGACGGAACUCCAGAGAAAGUGAAGAAGGACAAGAAGAGUAAGAAAAGGAAGUUGGAGACAGAGGCUGCCAAGUCUGUGAAAAGUGUCGAAGAACCAGAGAAGAAGAAGAAAAAGAAGACCAAAGCAGAGGGCGACGCCCCCAAGAAACAAAAGAAGAACAAAGAAAAGAAAACAAAAGAAGAAAAUGGCCAUGUACAGAAUGGUGCUUCUGGGUCAGAUGGGGAGUGUGCAAAUGAGAAUGGGGUGGCUGAAAACGGGGUGGCCGAAAAUGGGACCAUAACCAAAGAGGAGGGAGACUUCGAAAACUUCCGCAUCACAGCACAGACAGUUACCAAACUGAAAGCCCGCAACGUAGUGAAAUUGUUCCCAGUUCAGUACAGUACCUUUGACUUUGUGUACGAUGGCUGGGAUGUCAUCACUCAGGCAAGAACGGGCACAGGAAAGACGCUGGCGUUCAGCAUCCCUCUUGUGGAGCGGCUGCAGAAAGAUGGGGUGUCCAUCAAGCGCGGCCGGGCGCCGGUGGUCAUCGUGCUCGCUCCCACCAGGGAACUCGCCAUCCAGGUUUAUGAAGACUUUAAGAGCAUCAGCACCAAACUGACCUCAUUUUGUGUGUACGGAGGGACUCCCUACCCCCCGCAGAAUGAUGCCAUCAACAGAGGCCUGGACAUCCUGGUGGGCACGCCCGGACGGAUCCAGGACCACGUUCGGAGCGGGCGGCUGAACCUGUCCGAGCUACGCCAUGUCGUGUUGGACGAGGUCGACCGCAUGCUGGAGAUGGGGAUGGUGGAACAGGUGGACGAAAUCCUGGAGGCCGCCUAUAAAAAAGACGACAAGUCUCAGAACCCGCAGACGCUAUUUUUCUCGGCCACGCUGCCGAACUGGGUUCACGAGGCCGCCAGGAAAUACAUGAAGGCGGAGCCCAAACAUGUGGACAUGAUCGGCACUGAGCAGAACAGGAGCGCCACCACAGUCGAGCACCUUGCUAUCCGAUGUGGCUGGCAGGCGCGCGCCCCGGUUAUAGCGGACAUCAUCACCAUGUACAGCGGGCAGCACGGCAGGGCCAUGGUCUUCUGCGAGACCAAGAAGGAGGCCAACCAAUUGGUCCUAGAGGGGGUACUGAAACAGGAGGCUCAGGUGCUUCAUGGAGACAUCCCCCAGGCACAGAGGGAGCUGACUCUAAAGAGCUUCCGUGACGGUAACAUCCAGGUUCUGGUUGCAACUGACGUGGCGGCACGAGGGCUGGACAUCCCCGAGGUGGAUCUGGUGGUACAGUGUGAACCGCCCUCGGACGUAGACUCGUACAUCCACCGGUCGGGGCGUACGGGCCGCGCCGGUCGGACCGGCGUCUGCGUCUGUUUCUACAAGCCCAACCGGGAGCAGGACCUGCGGUUUGUGGAGAGGAGAGCGGGGAUCAAGUUCCGCCAGAUCAACGCUCCGCAGCCCGACGACAUCGUGAAGGCAGCAGCCAAUGACUCGGCAAGGGCCAUCGAGGAAGUCCCAGACAAGAUGCUGACACAUUUCCAGGAGGCCGCGGAGAAGCUGAUAGCGGAGAAGGGCGCGGUCAACGCGGUUGCCGCGGCGCUGGCCGUCAUGUCGGGGUCCUCAGAGAUCAAGAAACGAUCGCUGCUGAAUGCAGAUGAGGGUUUCACCACGAUGCUGUUCCACACGGAUCGCCCGGUUCGCGGGAAGGGCUACUUCUGGACGGCGAUAAAGCGGAGGUUCGGAGAAGAUAUCGACCAGAACGUCAGGGGGAUGACCAUGUUUACCAACAACAAGGGAGUUGCUUUUGACGUGCCAUCAUCCAUGGAAGACCAGUUUGUGGACACAUUCCAAGGUUCCUACGAUUCCCGUCUGGAAGUGGCUACAGAGCUGCCCGACCUGGAGCAGAGGAUGGACAGCAGGAGAGGGGGGAGGGGGUUCGGCAGGGGGGGAGGAGACAGAAGAGGCUUCAGCAGGGGGAGAGGUGGAGGGGGUGGUAGGUUCAGUGGAGGGGGUAGGGGCAGAGCGGGGGGAUUUGGAGCAAGCAGAGGUGGCAGCAGCAGACACACAAAGUGGUGA